CUGCCAUCAACGAUGACACAGUGAACUCUUUGCUGCGCCUGGUUGGAAUGCAGUUGAACGGAACGGCCGGCACCGUGACAAUGGCCGCCGCAUCGGAACCGCCCGAGCCGCCACCGCGGAAUCCGGACAAAAUUAACGCAUCGCUCAAGCAGCUCGCUGAAUCGAAAACACGUUCGCUGGACACCGCCGAUAAGACAGGGGCAUCGAGCACGACCAGCAACGGUGGCCGUCCGUUUCGACCGAUCCUAUCACUAGACAAUGCCAAACCGACCAAACCAUUCGAAGUAUCCGAACGUGGAACGCCCACAUCCGCACCGGCCGCUCCAUUCGGAAGUACACCCGGAACCGACCACCAGUCGGCAACCGGAAGUAACCAUGCGGCUUCCGACGCCGGUGCUAGUACUAGCGGUAACAAUAGCACCACCACCACCACCACCGCCAGCGGACAUCGACAAUCGAACCAACCACUGUCCUGCUCAUCGUCUUCCUCCGGUGAGGCGAUGGCGGCGACGGCAAAUGGAACAGCUGGUGAAGCCAGCGGGCCACAUCCUUCCUCGUCCGGUAGCGGUGGCAGCUCGCAGGACAAAACUAAUCUCGGUCAGCAAAAGCAAAACAGUCCGACACUCGCAGGAGAAGGCGACAAUCUCUUCAAGAAUGGAGUUAGCGAUCUCGAAUCACCACAAACGACCAAAAUUCGACUGGAGAACGAACGAUUGUCGGCAGAGAUUACGCGACUGAAAAAAAUGCUGGAAAACUCGCCCGAUGGUGCAGUCGGUGGAAUUGAUUUGCUUUCCCAAAGCAACAGCUUCGAUGUGCACUCGGCAGAGGACAGCAGCAACCGGAUGGAAAAGCUGGAAAACGAGUUACGAAUAUCGAAGGAGCUAAUUCAGAGUUUAAAGCUCGAACGCAAAAAGCUCCGCGCAGACAAGAACGAUCUGCUUUCGCAGGUGAAGCAGCUGUGCUCCUCGCUGCAGGAGAAGGAACAGGAGCUGCGCAACUUCAUCCGCAACUACGAACAGCGAAUACGUGAGUCCGAAUCCAACUCUGCCAAACAAAACACGGACCGGGAGCGGGAAAGAUGGUCCCUGCUGAAGCACGCACGGGACGAAGCCGAACGGUCUAUCGCACUGGCGGCACAGCUAAAUGCACGCGACCUUCAGCUGCAGCGCACGCAGGAGCAACUGCAGGAAGCUCGCCGCCAACUGUCCGGCUGUAUGUCGGAUCAGGAGAGUUUAGUGUCAGCCGCACCGCUAACACCACCGUCGGGACUAAUGGCGCACAAUACGGCAGCACCCGCCACAACACCCGGUGUGGGGUACAGCAACAUUAGCGGGACGCCCGGGGACCGUGGGUCGUGCAGUGCUGAUUCAGGUGUGAGAGACUUUGUUGCAGGGAGUAGCGAUCGGGAGAGUGCCGCCGGUGAUCUGAAUCUGAGCGAUGGUCCGUGUGAGAACGGACCCUGUAUACAGGUGGAUUCGGAUAGUGUGUCCCUAGUGUCCAGCCAUCAUAAUGUGUAUCAGUAUGGAACGCCCAAAGAACGAAGUCCUACCCUAUCACCACUGAACGCCGGAGCCUACUCGAGGUCUGUUGAUAGUGCAGCCCUGUCUAGCUCUUACAGAUCCGUGGAACAGUUGGGAUCGCCGGUGGACAAUGAAAACCAAACGUUCGCCCGAAGACUGCAGCAACAACAAUCGGCCGGGGCCAUAUCUGCCUCCGGGAAAGCACAAAGCACAGGACUAACUGGGCGUACCGGUCGGGGCGGUACAUGGGGUAGCAUAUCGCGCGUCUUCGCCCGCAGCCGUAACCGCAACAAAAAUGCCCCAAUCGACACCGAGGCGACUGACUUCCAGUGGAGUCCCCUAACGGAGGAAGGGUACGCGGAGAAGCUGCGACUCCUGCGGGAAGCAUCCUCGAUGCCAAUGGAACGCUGGAGAGCUUCACAGGUUCUGGCCUGGCUGGAGGUAGCGCUCGGCAUGCCGCAGUACAGUGGACGAUGCGCGGAGAACGUCAAGAGCGGCAAGGUACUGCUCGAGCUGAGCGAUGCCGAGCUAGAAACCGGACUCGGGACAUCCCAUCCAAUGCACAGGAAAAAGCUUCGGCUCGCCAUUGAGGAGCAGCGACGGCCAGAGCUGGUACGCUACCCAACCAUCGGACAGCUGGGACACACCUGGGUAGCCUCGGAAUGGUUGCCGGACAUUGGACUGCCGCAGUACGCGGAAUCGUUCAUGCAUUCGCUCGUUGAUGCGCGCAUGCUGGACACCCUGUCGAAGAAGGAGUUGGAGAAAUAUCUGGGCGUUACCAGGAAGUUCCAUCAGGCGAGCAUAGUGCACGGCAUUCAUGUACUUCGCAUCAUGAAGUACGACCGGCAAGCAAUUGCAAUGCGGCGCCUGCAGUCGGAAAACGUAGACACCGAUCCGAUCGUGUGGACCAACCAACGCUUUAUUCGCUGGGCACGCUCGAUUGAUUUGGGCGAGUAUGCGGAUAAUUUGAAAGACAGUGGCGUUCACGGUGGGCUGGUCGUACUGGAACCAUCCUUCUCCGGGGACACGAUGGCGACGGCCCUUGGUAUACCACCCUCGAAGAACAUUAUCCGCCGCCAUCUGGCUACCGAAUUUGAGGCACUCAUCCUGCCAGCAAGAACGACCAUGGGCCAAGGAAUACGCACGGGCGGUGGUACGGUAAUACCCAUCACGAGCGGGAUUGGUAUGAUGUCCGCAACGGGCUGCGAUCGCCGUAAUACCGGUAGCUUGCGCUUUGCCGCCUGGAAAGGAUCACAGGGUUCGCUCACUAAAGCGUUCCGGAUGAGCUCCAACUACAAGCCGCGGGGCAGCAACGGUGGCGGCAGUGGUGCCGGUUCCGACAAGAACAGUGUCUACAGCUCGACCUCACCGACACCGUCGUUCAGCAGCAGCGAGGGAGGUAUCUACGCCACGGUCGGUUCCCUGCAGAGCCAUCCGGCAUUCUUCCACCAUCUGCCACCGCCAACAUCCGCACCGCCCCCCAUACCCGGCGUCCCAUCAUCCGUUGGGUUGCGAUCGAUCGAAUCGAUGCCCGCGCCGGGACCGUCGCUCGAACGGGCCAGUACCAUCGCCAACAAUCGGGUCAGUGCACCGCCGAUGGAUAGUGGCCAUGCAACACUGCCAAAGUAUGCGCAACACCGACGGGUCAAGAGUAUCAGCGACAUUGAGAUACCGUCCGUUGGGCCAGUGGGAUAG